GUCCCAACGGACUAGUUAGAGGGGCCUAAAGAGACAAGGUUUAUUUAGGGUUUAACUGCUGAAUAUACAAUCCAGUUUCUUUAUAGGAAAACCACUGGAGUUAAAGAACUAAUAGGAUUUUAGGCUUGUUUAUAUAUCUAAGAGAAGAUGAUAGCACCAAAAUCCAUAAUCAACAAAGGGAGACUGCUGUAAUGCUGAAAACCUCAAGCCAUGUGUAACCCAUGGGUGGCGUGGUUAGGAGUGCUGCCACUCUUCAUCCUGUUAACUCAGGCAGCCCUCAAACCAGCAAUGCCUCCGGUGAUCGACAGCCAGCCUUUCAGCAUUUUCUGGGCAGCCCCAACAAUGUACUGUAUGCCUUUCUUCAACGUGAAUAUGAAUCUUCAAGUAUUUAACAUUAUAUCAAAUCCUUUAGAGACUCAGAGUGGGUCAAAAAUUGCCAUAAUUUAUCCAAACGAAUUAGGGUAUUACCCUUACUUCUCUCAAGAUGGAAAAUCCUUUAAUGGAGGAAUACCGCAGAACGUGAGCCUUUCUGAACAUCUUAGGAAAGCUGCUGAUGACAUCGGAGAAGCAGUCCCUUGGUGGAGAUCAGAAGGACUUGUUGUUAUUGACUGGGAAAGUUGGAAACCCCAAUGGGAUAGAAAUCGGGGCAGCCGAAUAAUAUAUAACAACCACUCUUUAGCCUUCACUAGAAACCAUCAUCCUUAUUGGUCAGAAAUGAAAGUGGAAACAGUUGCCCGAGAGGAAUUUGAAAAUGCUGGAAAAAAUUUCAUGAACGUUACUCUCACAUUGGCUUUAGAAAUGAGACCAAAAUGUUUAUGGGGCUUUUAUCUCUACCCAGACUGCUACAAUUAUGAUUACAGAAUAAAUCCAGAGACGUACACAGGUAAUUGUCCGAAUGAUGAAAUUCUCCGCAAUGACCAACUCCUGUGGCUGUGGGAGAAAAGCGCAGCGCUUUAUCCUUCAAUAUAUUUGGAUAAAAUACUGAAGUCAAGCUUAAAUGCUUUGAAAUUUGUUCACUAUCGGGUGAGAGAAGCCAUGAGGAUUGCUGAAAUGGCUAGACAUGACUAUGUUUUGCCGGUUUUUAUUUUUUCCAGACCAUUUUAUUUGCAUAGUACUGAAGCUCUAUCACAGGAGGACUUAGUGCAUACAAUUGGCGAAAGUGCUGCAUUGGGGGCAGCGGGAGUAAUAUUGUGGGGAGGAUAUGAAUAUUCUGCUUCAAAGGAGAGCUGCUUAUCUAUGCAACAAUCUAUCCGAGGGCCUUUGGGCCGUUAUGCUGUGAAUGUGACAUCAGCAGCCAAGCUCUGCAGUCAGAGUCUAUGUAACAAUCAUGGAAGAUGUAUUCGAAAAACACCUGAGUCCUCCUUCUAUCUGCAUAUGCCUGAAAGCAGUGGUAAGAAAUAUGUUCUAAACAAGAGUUUCAGAUUCAUCAUUUCUGAACACAAUAAACAGAAGACAAUAACAGCCAUGAAGAAUGGAUUUGUGUGUCACUGCUAUUACGGCUGGCAUGGACCAUCUUGUCAGGAUCACUCUUCAGAUCUCCUAAGAGAGAUGAAUAAGGCUCCUACUGUUAACUUCAAUUUAUUAGUUUUUCUCAGUAUGGCUUUUCCUGUGAUCCUGCUAAAAAUUUUUUUUAGCCCUUACUACAAUGCCAAUUUUUCCUUGAAAUACUAAACAGUAGCAAGUGUUGAUUUUUUUCAACCUCAAACCUCUCCCAAAAUAUGUAUUGACUUUAAAGUAAAAAAUAAAAAUAAAAAAGGUA